UAACUUAGCCCUAGGCACUGUGUAGAGAGAGUUCCAGAGAGAGAGGCAGAGGGUAUUUUGUUUUUUUUUUUUGGUUUUUUUGUUGACAGGUUGUGAGGAGGCUUGGCUGCUUCAUUUUUGGGACGACAACGAAAGAGGUUUGGAGUUCGGAGUCUAUAAAGUUUGAACUUAAGAAGUCGAUUUGCAGAAGCAAUGGAUGUAUAUGGCAAAUCCAUGGUAGCAGCACCUGCAAAUGUUAUUUAUCUGUCAACUAUACUAGGCCGAGACGGGCCAAUUCCUGUUCACAAAUGCGACUGGAAAUGUGAAAAUGAACAUGUUUGUGGAAAUAUGUACCGCUGCAAACUGACAGGGCUGACUCACAUAUGUGACAAAAACUGUAACCAGAGAAUCCUGUAUGAUAACCAGAGCUCCCUUUGCAGAGCAAGCAGACAAAUUUUCCCCCUUACACCGUCGGAGGAACAGGCUGUGAGGGGUGUCCGAAGGAAGCUUGAGGCAGAGAAUUCCCCCAAUGAUAGCUGUGCUUUUAAGCGCAGACGGGAUGCGCAGUUCCAUCCUUCUCCUUUUGAGAGAUCCUUCUCUGCGGUCAGUCCACUCUGCAGCCAAGUUGGAGAUGGCAUGGAUAUGAGCUAGAUUUUUAAUAUAACUGAAAAGACUACUAUUAUCUUUCUUAAUCAUAUUCCUUUGAAAUUUUCCUUCUUUUUCAUGGAACUGUUAUGGAUAAUAGGACCUAAUUUGCUAGCAUAAUGGUGGGCCUGAUGUGUCCUACCUGUCUGUAGGAACGCUAUAUAUUUCUACUAGUAUGAUUUAAUGCAAUUUAGCUCUUUCACUA